CGCCAGUCGGUGGUCCACUCCAUGAAGGCAGAGGACUUCCUGAGGAAGUCGAUUGAGCUGCCCCGCUUCGCAGGCGGCCCGUUCGACUUCCUGUCGGUCUGCCCGCCGUACCUCGUGGUCUCGUACCCCGAGCUGAUGGACCUCCUGGAGCGGUCUCCGCUGCUGCAUCCCCGCUCCAUUGUCUUCGUGGAGUACCCCAAGCAGCUGGAGCACCAGGAAGUGGUGUUCGACCUGGAUGCCGCGGCUUUCAGCUCGGAUGAUUUCCGGAUGUUCCAGUUUAAGGUGAAGCGCUGCCCGCGAGCAAGGCCACAUGACUGGACUCAGUGCCCAUUUGCACAUCCCGGGGAGAAAGCAAAGCGCAGAGACCCGCGAAAGUAUCGAUAUUCCGGAACAGCUUGCCCGGAGUUCAGACGGAACGGGUGCUGCCGCCGCGGAGAUGCUUGCCCGUUUGCCCAUGGCGUUUUCGAAUGCUGGUUGCAUCCAUCUCGGUACCGGACCCAGAUGUGCACAGAUGGCUCUAAUUGCAAGCGCCGCGUCUGCUUCUUCGCGCAUACAGAGGGCGAGCUUCGCAAGCCAGAGGAGGAUCCGUUGUGGCUGCAGCAGCAGCUUCAGGCGGAGUUAGCUGCUGAGCAGCAAGUCCAGCAGCAAAUCCAGGCGCUUAAGGUGUUUGCGAGCAUUCUGGGCCCUAACGCAAGCGCCGUAGGAGGACAGCAAGCGCCAGCCGGACAGCCGCAGCCGGGGUUGGACAUGUUGAAGAACCUGCCAUCCUCAACGCUGACCCACAUCCUGGGAGCAGCAAGUCAAGGCGGACCCGGCUCGGGCCCCAUGGGUGCCGGACAGCAGGGCGGCGCUGGUGACGGGCUGCUACAGCUGCUUCAGCUCGUGGAGCAGCAGCAACAGCAGCAGCAGCAAUCCUCGGCUGCGGCGAACACCGCUCAGCUGCCGCCACCUCUCGCGCCGGCGGCUAGUGCACCCGCGAACCUGGCUAGCCUGCUGUCUGUUGUCACGGCGGCGACCGGGCCGGGACCUGCUGCCGGCGGCGGCGGCAACGUCGCCACCCCUGCAUCUGCGGGUGCUUCCGGCCCGGACAUGCAGAUGAAGCUGGCGCAGCACCUGCUGCAGCAGCAAACGCAGCAGCAGCAACAACAACAACAGCAGCAGCCCGGAGCUGGUUUGGGACCGGAUGCUCUGCAGCUUGCUGGUCUAUGUCUGCAGCAGCAGCAACAGCAGGUGAAAGCUGCUGAUGCUGAGGCGAAGCAGCAGCAGCAACAGCAGCAGCAAGCGCCAGCGCAGACGACCCUGGCUAUGGAGUUGCUCACUAUGAUGGCUAGCCAGCAGCAGCAGCAGCAACAGCAAGCCGCGCAACAGCAGCAGCUGGCGGCUGCGGCUGCAGCCGCUCUGGCAUCGGCUUCGCAACAGCAGCAAGCCCAGCAGCAGCAACAGGCGCAGCAGCAGCAACAAGCAGCGGCUGCCAACCCGCCGCCGCCGGCACUCGCUGCCCUUCAGAAAUUAGCCGCUCUUGGCGUCGACUUGCAGAGCUUGGGAAUUACGGCGGAGGCGCUGAGCAGCCAGAUUACGGCCGCCAGCGGCGCCCAGGCGGCGGCGGCGGCCAACACGGGAUUGGCCCACGACACCCUAGCGCUGCUGUCGGGAGUGCUCCAGGGAUCCGCGUUCCCGCUGCCGACGGCGGCGAGUAGAGGAAAGAAUGACAGUUCGUCGGGCCCGCAGAGUGCCGUGGUAGCGCCAAGCGGCGCCAGCGCAGUCGCACCGGCGACGGCGUCGCCAACGGUGCCGAUGGAUUCCUUGACGGCGCUACUGGCGGCAGCGGCGACGUCGCCGCCGGUUCAGUCUGUUGGCGGCGGAGUACCGGGCAUCCCGCCUGGUAUGCUGAGCGGGCUGCAGGGCAUGUUGGGGCAGCUUGCCUUGGCAGGCGGGGCUGUACCGGUCCCACUGCCGCCGCAAUCUUCCGCGCCGACGCCGGCGGUUCCCAUGGCAUCCCAGCUGCCUCAGCAGCAACAGCCGCAAAUGGCAUCCACACCCCCGACACCAAACCUGACGGUUGCGCCGCCGUUGGUGGAGCGGUCGUCGACGUCAGUGGCGUCAGAUUCUAGCAGCGCCCCGCCGCCAGCUGCGGCCACGGCGCCGCCGCCGAUGUCGCUGUCAUCAGCUCCUAGCGCUACCUUGAGUGUAAAGCAGGGUUCGGAGGGGUCGGCAUCCUCAGCUCCGGCCUCGCCACCUCAGGCGCCGCCAGCAUCUGCUGCCGCCGGCGCAACAUCUGGCACCGUCGGUUCCGCCGGCGUGUCUGCGAGCUCCGCCCUGAGCGCCUUGGCGGCCACCGCGGCCGCCGCCGGCGCUGGCGGCGGCGGCGUCGACGGAAAUGCAGCCCUUGCGUCGCUGCUGGCGGAAGUGUACAGCAAGCCAGAGAUGCUCCUGACGGCGCAGUCGCUGAUUGACCGGAUGGCCGCUGGUGCGGCCAUAGGUGGCGCCGCCGCCGCCGCCGGUAUGGAUGCUACUGCCAUGGCGGCACUGGCGGGUCUCGCGUCUGCUGCUGCGCCGCCACCGCAGCCUCAGCAGGCGGGGCCGCCGGCCUCUACCGGUACCUCCGCCAGCGACGAGGCGGGUUCCGGUGCCGUACGGCCGUGA